GCGAAUCUUUAUUUUUUUCAAUAAUCAGUUGAGAAUGAACCUAUGAUGAAAAAAAACUAAUAUAGAAUUAUUUUUUUUGUGUGUGUAAAAAAUGGGUGUUACUGAUGAUAUGAUAGGCGAAGAAAUUGUUAUUCUUAACAAAGGUCCUCGUAUUGGAAUGCGCCAUGUACAAACCUUACUUAUGUUCCUAUGUUUAACCAUUGCUUAUUCCAUGAGAGUUAACUUAUCAGUCGGAAUAGUGGCAAUGACAACAAAAGAUACGAGUCCAAAUCCAGAUAUACCGGUUUACGACUGGAACAAUAAAAGUUUGAUUCUAUCAUCUUUCUUCAUGGGCUACAUCACCCUUCAAGUAUUAGCUGGAGAACUAGGCAAACGAUAUGGACCGAAAUGGUUCGUACUUAUUGCUAUGGUAAUAAAUGCAGGAGGUUGCAUGUUAACGCCACUUAUGGCUGCAAGUGCUGGCUCCUAUGGAGUCAUGGGUAUCAGAAUAAUCCAAGGAGUAUUCCAAGGUUUCUUUUUCCCCAACAUUCACAAUCUGUUAGGUAAAUGGGCACCCGAAGAAGAAAGAUCCACUUUGGGGAAUUUUAUUUUCACAGGUGCAGCAUUUGGUACAAUCUUCGCUCUACCAGUCACAGGUGUGAUAGCAGGUUCCUGGGCGGGAUGGCCAGUGGCUUUCUAUUUCUUUGGCGGUGUUGCCCUGUUAUGGUGCCUCGCUUGGGGUAUAUUUGGUUCCAACAGUCCCGAGGAACACAAAUAUAUUACCAAAGAAGAACGAAUGUAUAUUCAAUCUUCUUUAAAAGAAGUUGACGUCAAUAAACCAGCUCCUCCAACACCAUGGAAAGCCAUACUAACCUCAGCACCAGUAUGGGCAAUAGUUGUUGCUAACUUCGGACAAAAUUGGGGCUAUGCUACAUUGCUGACGGAAAUUCCGAAUUAUCUAAGCAAAGUGGCACAUCAAGAUAUUUCAAAUAAUUCUCUUCUAUCUGCCGCCCCCUACUUAGCAUUAUUCAUUCUUGGCUUACUCUUCGGUCCUUUGGCUGAUGGGCUCGUUACAAGGAAAAUUUUGAGCCCUGCUAACACCAGAAAAUUAAUGAACACCAUUGGUUCUGUGGUACCAGCUAUCGCCCUAGUUAUCCUCGGCUUCGUGCCUGCAGACAAAAUAGCUGCAAUCGAAACAAUGCUGAUAAUCGCUGUAGGAAUCAACGCAGCAAUUUGGUGCGGGUUCCAAGUGAACCACGUUGACUUGUCGCCGAAAUUCUCGGGAGUUCUCAUGGGAAUCGGAAACGGAUCUUCGAAUAUUUUUUCCAUUAUUUCUCCUUUGUUUGUGCAAAUAUUGGUUACCGAUGAGACGGAUGUGAAACAAUGGAGGACGAUUUUUAUUAUCGCUGCGGCAGUUUACGUGGCUUCGGAUAUAUUUUAUUUGAUUUUCGCCCAGGCCGAACGUCAGUGGUGGGACAGUUGUGGUACAGAAACUCAGGAUGGUGAUAGUAACAGUACGGUGCCUGUUGAUGAAACUCUCAAGACAAAGAAUGUGUGAGAAAUGCAUUCUAAAUCGGACUAUUAUAAAUUAACUCUCCAAUUGAUUUUGUGUUUUACUGUUCUAAUCAUUGGCAUAACUACCGAGGGGGCAGAGGGGGCCGUGAUCGCAUGCAAAAGUAAUUUUACUGUCAAAAAACAAUAUUCGUACGAUUUUUAGAAUAAUAUCUUAUGAAACCUAAUCGUAAUCAAGAAAAUACGAAAAUCAAUAAAAAUUUUGCUGAUUGAUUGAUUGAUUUGAUCAAUGGCAGCAAGGCAAGGUUUAGUGAUUCCCUUAUAAUGCAGCUAGUUAGUUUAUUGCAUCCCUUGCUGUGAGAAUUUCUGCUAAAAUAGGUUUGACAUCUUCGCCAAGUGCGGUACCUCUGCAUUGGCGACUUCAGGGGAUCCUCCUCAUGAACAGAUUCUUCCUCCAAGAGGUGUCGGGUUUUUUAGUAAGCGAGUGCACAUCAAAUAAGAUGUGUGUGGCUGAUUCUUUGUUCUCGUGGCAUAAUCUACAGAUGGAUUCAUCUUGGUAGAUUCGCAUCUUGUGUAGGUGUUUUCU